CGCACCAGCCAGACAGAAGCAAUCGAUCGCAGAGGCCACCCCACGGUCUCCCCCCUCUUUGUGUUUAUGUGUUUUUUAAUAUCUUUUUUGAGGGAAACUGUCAAGCCCUAUCCCAAAGAACAGGGACCAAAGAGCAAAAAUAAUGUACGCUUUCGUGCGUUUCUUGGAGGACGAUAUGUGCUACGCGUUACCUGUGUCAGACGUGAAAGAUUUCCAGCCCGUGCACAAAAGAGAUUUUGAUGAUCAGAAGGUGUAUGUGGUGCUGAGAGGCGCAGGCCAGCCUGCUAAAGCACACAUCCUCGCCCUGGCAGAAAGCAUUGAGGAAUUUGAGCACAGUAUUAUGCAAAAGAAGAUGAAAAUACCCAAGAUGUCGAACAGGAACACAGUUGAGAAUCAUUUUGGCGAUGAGAGAGUGCCCCUUAGACAUAAAAAGGUCCAGUCACAUGAACAACAGAGGGCCAGUUCUAACUCCUCAAAGAGCCUGGCUGCUGUGGUGGCACGGCUGGAGAGGAACGCUGUCAACUCCUGCACUGAGGGAGAGGAACUGGACAGACUCACAACAGAGGAAGAAGAAGAGCAGGACGAGGCCGUGGUGCCUCGUGUACUGUAUGAGGAGCUGGUGCACAGCUACAGGCAGCAGGAAGAGGAAAUGAGACGCCUGCAGCAGGAACUGGAGCGCACACGCAGGCAGCUGCUGCAGCAGGCCAAGAAGCUCAAGGAGUAUGGCAGUCUGCUGACCGAAGUCAAGGAGCUGCGUGAUUUCAAUCGACGCCUACAGGACGUCCUGCUCAUGAGGCUUGGCAGCGAGCCGAUGCAUGACAAUGGCACACAGACAAUCAAAGCAGAGGUGGUGGAGCCGAUCAGUGAACCACAGGAGGUGUGUCAAGAGGAAGCCAACACUAGCUCCACCCACUCCCCAUCCCCGAGAACCGUCUACACCUUCAAUGAUGGAAAAGUGCACUUGGGUGGAGGGAUUUGGGUGGUGGAGGAGAAGUGGCACCAGCUACAACGGACACAGGGAGACUCAAAAUUCACCAAAAAUCUGGCGGUGAUGAUCUGGGGCACAGAAACCCUGAAGAACCGCAGCGUGACUGGUGUCGCUACGAAGAAGAAGAAAGACGCCCUGCCUAAACCACCGCUCUCACCGAGCAAGCUCAAAAUUGUUCGAGAGUGUCUGUAUGACCGUGUAUCUCAAGAAACAGCUGACAGUGCGGAGAUCACCCAGCGGUUAUCCAAAGUGAACAAAUACAUCUGCGAAAAGAUCAUGGAUAUCAACAAAUCUAUCAAGAACGAGGAACGGCGAGAGUCCAAGCUUCUCAUCCAGCAGACGGUGAAGAUGGAGAACUUCCCCUACGACGGUCUGUAGGGGGUGCUGAAGUUGUCACCAUAGCUCAUUCUACUCCUCAAGGACUUCUGGUGGAGAAGGUGCACGUAAUCAACGACGCUGCCAGUUGAGAUUUCCACUGAUGCCCUCCCGAGACCUCUCUGUCUCCUUACUCUUGUAGACCUUGUUUUACAGCCUGUCUGACAGUUUUACCCCUCACUGCACUGCCUUAGCAUGCUGGUGUGCAUUCUGUGAGUGAAUGGGGUGGGGUUUUUUUAAGCUUUGACGGGGUUGGAUAUUAUGCCUGAUAAGACAGGAGCGAUCCUUUAAAUCGUGUGCGAGAAAAAUGUGUUUGGCACAUCAGCUUGUGUUCUGUGUCAGAACAUGCCCUAAUGUACUAAAGAGGUUCCCCUUCAGGAGAAGUUUUCUUGUGUCAGGAGGAUGUUUGUGAGGUGUCAUAUAUGCUGGCUUAGAGUCGGAGUCUUAAGGAGAGAUAGGUCACUUCACAGGGACCAUCUGCUAAAGGUACUUAACAUAAAGAGUUGCACUUUUAAACAGGGUCACACCCUGCAUCGUCUUAAUGAACCAUUGAUUUAAUUAAUCAAUCUAGGCCUAAUUGUUCCUGUUAAUUGCUUUCCUGAGAUGACUACUGAUGGUCUGUUGUUGUUUUUGAUGGUUGUUAGGAGUGGAGAGGUCGCAUGUAGUCAGUGGUGCUAAGCAGUUAUCCAGGAAGACAGUCUAGAUGCUUGUUGUUCACAAAAAGGUGAAAUGAAAGUAAAGUUUAGACUUUAUACGAUCAUCGGUAGACUUAUGUUUGUUUUAGGCUAUAUACUGCCUUCAAGUCCUGUUGGGAAGUUCCUGUGGUUUAAUACUUGUGAUUAUGGUGACGCGUUUUCAAGUAAUUUACAAUCCUUUCAAAAGUUUGGGGUUGGUACGAUUUCUUUUCAUGUUUUUGAAAGAACAUACAGUAAAACAGUUAAUUUCUGAAAUAUUAUUACAAGUAUUGCAAGUAUUACAAGUGUUUUUUAUUCUUUUUUUUUUUACUUUAAUACAUUUUAAAAUGUCAUUAUUUCUUGUGAUGGCAAAGCUGAAUUUUCAGCAGCCAUUACUGCAAUCUUCAGUGUCACAUGAACCUUCAGAAAUAAUUAUAUUAUAAUGAUUUAGUGAUCAAAAAAUGUUUACUGUUAACAAUAUUAAUAACAAUUGUGGCACUUAAUAUUUUUUUCAGUAUUCAUUAAUGAAUAGAAAGUAAAAAAAAAAAAUUGUAUCUGCCUUUUGAUUAGCAGUGUAUAAUCUAACAAAAUGAAUGUUUGGGUAACAUUUGUGGCCUAAAAAUAAAUAUCCAUCAUUCAUUUAGAUUUCUCUUUACAUUUCGUCUGAUUCAACUCCGAAGAGAGUAUUUAAUGCCAUAUUUUGAAGUACGCUUGAAUUCUUAUUAGUGGAGAUGUCUUGUGUACAAAAGCACCAGAGUUGACGACAAUGCAGUAAAAGUGACGUAAGGUAUACAUUAAGAUUCUUGUAAACAACAAGAGCACAUCCAAUUUGAUUUCAGUGUACUUGAUGGACUAGCCAUGGGACGGGAGUUAUUGUAUUAUCGGGUCUACAGAGAUGGAGACCACCUUAGACCUUUUACCAGCCAUAAAUUGCACUUGGGACGGAGGGUAAGUGGAAAUCUGAGCUAGGCUGCAGGGCCUUUUUCCAGCUGGCAAUCAUUGGGAACUGUGUUCUCCGUUUUUUUAGCAAGCUGUGAUUGUAAUAUGAGCUGAUAUUGCUUUAACUGCACUUUGGUGUGAGUGUGGAGAGAUGCCAGGCACCGUGUGCAGAUGUGGGGUAAGACUGUCAGCAGUGCUUGGGAGUUAAACAUUAGCCUCAUCCUUCUGGUCGCACCAACAGCAGGGUCUCUGCUCCAGCCCACCUGUAGAGGGCGCACUCAUUAUGGGAGGAAAUAAGAUAUCGUGACAACUUACAAUGAGCCAUGCCAUCCACACUUUAGUCCUUUGUCUCCCCUUGUCGUCUUUAUUUUCAUCAUAAACAGUCUUGUCAGCGUAACGAUAGAAAAAAGACCCUCUUACAGAUUUGGGUUCUUGACUGUGAUGCCAUAUCGCUUACUGUGAAUUAACAGAUCACCGAUCUGCCACGCUAACGCCUCCCUAUUUUCUUUUAUUUGUUUUAUUUUGCUAUUUUAAUCAACUAUGUUUAUUACUGGGGAGAAAAUUUCAGUGUAUAUUUGGAAUAUAUUCUCAUGUUUUGGAACAUUUCACCGUUUGCAUCCAGGCUGCACCUUAUCUCACUAAGCUUCUGAUUCAAAAGCGAGUUAGACAGUGUUGUAAUUCUGUCUUUAUCUUUGCUGGUUCAUAUAUAAUUUCUAAUCAUUUCUAUUUUUACAGUGUAUAUGUGAUGUUUCACCAUUAACGUAAAUCCUGGGUACUCGUAUUUCUUAAAGAAUGCAGGGCUCUUCACGAAUACAUCAUCUCUAAUGACAGAAACCCAUAUCUUAAAUUGAUAUAUAUAUCAUGGAUUUUUUACCGCAGGUAUCUUGAUGCUUCAAGAACUUCAAUUUAUGAAUUUCACCUCACUGUGAGUCAUUUGUUAUGGACUAUCAUUUCAUUUGGAGUCAUUUACGUCGAGAGGCAGCCGUCACCUGCCUUUCCGUUCCGAGGAAGUCAUUGUCCAUCUUCGACAACGUAGCACUUUAAUCCUAAGGUGGCGGGAAAAAAAACAUAAAAAUCUGUCAAUGUUGGCUUCUUUGUUGUGAUAUACCCAAGCCAAUUUAAACACAAAAAGUCAACAAGCGUUUAACAAUGCUUGUGAAAAGACGUUCACGAGAAAUCGUAAAUCAGCUAUCAGUUUUCUGCCACUCAAUUGCAGUUUAGCAGCCAUUUGUUUCUCAUUCUCUCGAGACUGUGAAAGCGAUUCCUUUUUUCUUUCUUAUAGCGACGUACCUCCAAUAUGUCAAGGUAAUUACGGGAGAGGACAGAUUGUACUAAGGUUCUUUUGUUCCACUGAAUGUCUUUCUCUUCUUCAAUUUUUUCUGUAGAUAUUUCCUGUAUUGUGUGAUAUGUAUUGCCACACUUAUUGAAUAUUUGAUGUUCCAUAAUGAGCGUACGUACUGUGCGGGUAUACUGGAAAAUGACAGCUUUAGGUGUGCAGAUGUUGAAUGACAGCCAAACUUUAUCAUCGGUCCAUGUGGUCAUACUUUUUAUGUGGAGAUUUGCUAGUGGAAUCGUUGCCUUGAAAAAGUCUACAGCAUUAUGUAUUGCUCUUAUGUUUUAUUUUUUACUUUUUGUUUUGGGGGAUUUUUGCCUCGCAGCUGCGCCGAGACAUUUCGGGCACGGCGUUCAGAUCCGAGGAAAAUUAAAAAAAUGAAACGUUUCUUCAGUUGUGAGAUCAAAGCAGUGAAUCCCAUCAGGGAAAAUCUGAUUUUUAAAUACAAUCAUGUACAGUAUUUAUAGGCUACAAAUGCGAAGCAGUAGCCUCGCGGAGGCUGUUUUUCUCUUCUGGGAGACUGUGGGGAGGCUGGUGCCUGUGCUUUCAGUGGCUGUGUAAUAGAGGUUCUUAGCUUUGAGCUGGUCUGUGCCUCUGGAAAAUGGCAAGUCAAAGCGCGGGAGGGAUCAACAUAUCAUCUCCGUUGUUCUCGGCGUAUUGUCCAGGAGACGUUUUGUCAUGUCAGAUGAGUUCGAUCUGAAUAUGCGUUGAGGGUUUGUGUCGUUCUGUUAAAAAUAAGCGAAAUUCUCAGCAACGGACAGAUCGGUGUUAUGAAUACGAACUUGCACAAAAACGGCCCAUGCUAAGGUUGUCCACAGUUAUCUUUUGCUAAACCAAUAGGAAAGAAACAGCCGGGAUAUAUAUUUUUACCGGAAAAAAGACGGUUUUACAAGGUGUUACUGUGCUGCCGACAUCUCCAUUGUUCGAUAUGUUGUUUUCUGUUUUGUAUCAAAAGAGCAUUAAGCUUAAGAUAAUGGAUAUGGCUAUAUUGUUCAGUUAGAAAAAUCUUAAGUCAUUUUUUUGUUUGUUUUAUUCCUUUUGUGAUGCCAAAAAAAAACAGUAGUAUGUGGAUGUUCUUGGGGAAAAAUUGUUUAUUGCUUUGGCCUGCUUCACUAUCGUACAUUCUGAGAUUGUCAAUCAAAUGCUGAGGACCCACUCGCACGCCGCAGCAAUUCCCAAAACUGCCCAGUAUUCCGCUAUAGCAAAAAAAAAUGCUCACCAUAAUUUUCAUGCUCACGAUUACAAUUAUAGGACCCUACUCAGAGUUAGUCUUAUUUAACAACCAAUAUUCUCAGCUCUAAUAGUAAAAUAAAUGUAUUUUUGAUAAAACGCAGGUUCAGGUUAUUCUUAGUCGGAAAACAAGCAUGUAGUCACAAUCCUACCUCAUUGCUGCUCAUCGUCCGUGUUCGUAAGACAGUCUCGCUACCCUCGUACCUCCUUCAGAGAUAUAUAUCAGUCUUUAUGGUAUAAAUUAAUUUCAAAUGUCAUAUUUUACUCCCGUAACAACUGUGUUAAUGUUUCUGUGGCAGUAGAUGGCGUUUCCUUGCAGUAAUUACAUUUUUAUCCCAUUGGUGCUACAGCAGGCAUGGGUUGUCUAAUCUGUGUUUCUUACCUCAGAUGGUGCUAAUUUUUCUACUUUUCUGGAGGUUGUUCCGCUUUGCAUGAAUCAAACUGGUUAAUGUUAAUUUUAUAGCAGCAGGAAUUUAGGGAUAAAAAUAAAGCAUCAGAUAAAAAAAUCUUAGGAAUUGCAUCCGGCAUGUCAAGAAAGAUUUAGUUUUUCAUAUUUCGAGUAAGACAUACCUCUCUAACAAAUUACCUCACAUACUCUGUUCCAAAUUAACAGACUAUUAAAACCAUGCAUGCAAGAUCUUUCCAUGGCCAUAUAUCUUUACAAACCUAAUGCAUCUACCUAAAUAUUACUGGGCGGUUGACUCUCACAGUAGUGUGGUCCUCAGCAGUUAAUGUGAAAGUCAAUCCCACUGUAGAAAUACAGUGCAACUAACAUGGUAGUCUUACAUUUGGUGGUGGUGAUGAUAUUUUGCAGUAUGUUAACUGUAGGGUGUUUUCUUAACUUACCAAAGUGGUUCCCUCCCAAAGAAACUCUUUGUUGUUGUCAUUAAGAACUGUUUGGUAACAAAGUCGCCAAUUUGUGUUUGUUUAGCGACAAUGGUUUCUGAAAUACGGGUGUGUUGAGCACCUGCCGCUCAGCAGAACCUAAAUUAUUUCGUCCACGAAAAUACAAUCAGUCACAUGUUUCCAUGAUAUUUUAUAUUAAUACAGACAGUCGAUUCAUUUAGAGCGUGUAACGUGACAACUGAAGGCAAACUGUGAGAUUUUGUUAAGGAACAAGACGUUUUUGAUGAUUGUGUGUCAUGUGAAGCGAAUCUCAUGGGCUUCAUCAACUGACCUCAAGACCAGACAGCGAGGAAAUCAGUCAUAUUGCAUUUCAUUUCAUUUAACUUUUUGUGUCUUUAUCAUGUCCGUCAUUUCUUCAUUCUUGCUGCUGAAUAAAUAUCUGUGUAUUAAUCAAUAUUUUGGGGGAAAGUCUUUGAUGGAGAAUGUCAGAUAAAAUAACUGUGAACAUGCUCUCUUUCAGCUCUGUGGUUGUGGGUAUUUUUUCUUUUUUUUUUAUAUGGUCACAUACUGGUUAGUAUUGGUUUUACCACGGAGUCAGCGAGAGCUGCCUUCAGUGGGAUCAACUGUCCCUUUUCCCCAUACAUUAGGUCUGCUUUACUUGCACACAGAUCAAGCCUAAGCCUGGACUAAAAGGACUCUCAGUGGAGAAUUUUUAUUCAUACUGUGUUUUUAGGCUGAACCCGGCUUAAUUUCAGCUAAACUUGGCCUCACUGCACCUUGAGUGCGACUCCACGGGGACUCAAACAGAGAACAAGGAAAGAAAGACAAUGGAAAGCGAAAUCAAAUGUUUCCACGUGAACCAGUUGCACUCCUCACCUGUGCACAGCUGGUUUCGCCAGUUAACAUCAGUCGUGUGUGUGUGUGUGAGAGUGUGUGUGUCUGUGUGUGCACGCGCGUGUAUGUAUGCGCGCGUGUGUGCUGCAGUCUGAGUAUUCUUGUUCAAUGUACAGAUCAACAGAAUAAAUUCUGACUUUUAUUCUACAAACAAA